CUCAUCUAUGGUUAAUUUGACUUGAUUCACUGCAUAUCAAUUCUAGGAAUAUUGCAUAUAUACUUAGUGCUGACAUUCAUAACUCAUCUAUUACUGCUCUGCUCUUCCCCUGCAUAUCCAACUCAAUGACUUUGAUAUGGACAGUUCUAGUGGUUGCUCUAUUUGUAUAUCAGCUGCUAAGCAUUCACAAGAGGAAAAAGUUUCCUCCUGGUCCAAAAGGGCUUCCUAUUUUAGGACAUCUUCAUUUGUUAGGCAAAAAUCCACACCAAGAUUUACAAAAACUAGCCAACAAACAUGGUCCUAUUAUGUAUAUGAGACUAGGGCUAGUACCUACAUUCGUUGCCUCGUCUGCUGAUGCAGCCGAAAAAGUCCUCAAGACAUAUGAUCACGUUUUUGCUAGCAGGCCUCAUCAUGAGGCAUCUCAAUAUUUGUCUUAUGGACAGAAGAAUUUGAUAUUUGCAAAGUAUGGUGUGUAUUGGCGUAACAUGCGCAAAUUGUGCACUGUGCACCUUUUGAGCAAUAACAAGAUCAAUUCAUUUCAAUCCAUGAGAAAACAACAAGUUCAACUUCUUAUUGAGUCGCUUAAAAAGGAAGCUCAUGAUCGCGUAGCUGUUGAUCUUAGUGCAAAGAUUACGUCCUUAAAUGCUAACUUGACUUGUUUAAUGGUGUUUGGUAAGAAGUACAUGGAUGAGGACUUGGACAAGAGGGGAUUCAAAUCUAUUGUUCAAGAUGUUGUGCAUUUAGCAGCAACGCCAAAUCUUGGUGAUUUUUUCCCCUUCCUUGGUGCUAUUGAUCUCCAGGGUCUCACUCGCAAGCUCAAGGAUCUUUCAGAAGUGUUUGAUGAGUUCCUUGAGAAGAUCAUUGAUGAACAUGUGCAUUCACACGAACAUAAGCAAACCAAGGACUUUGUAGACACCAUGAUGGGCAUAAUGCAAUCUGGGGUAGCAGAAUUUCAGCUUGACCGUCGUCACAUAAAAGCUAUCCUCUUUGACAUGCUUAUAGCUGCUAUGGACACUACAGCAUCAUCAACAGAAUGGAUACUGACAGAACUUCUUAGACAUCCCCAAGUGAUGAAGAAACUCCAAAAGGAGUUGCAAGAAGUGGUAGGCCUUGAAAGAACGGUUGAAGAAUCCGACCUGGAAAAUUUGAAGUACUUAGACAUGGUUGUAAAAGAGGGCCUGAGGCUGCAUCCUGUAGUGCCACUAUUUUAUCAUGAGUCCAUGGAAGAUUGUGUAGUCGACGGUUUCCACAUAAAAAAGGGAUCCCGAGUCAUGGUUAAUUGUUAUGCAGCUCAAAGAGAUCCAAAUGUUUGGCCUGAGCCUGAGAUGUUUUUGCCUGAGAGAUUUGUUGGAAGUUGUAUAGAUUUUCGUGGACGCGACUUUCAACUUGUACCAUUUGGCUCUGGGAGAAGAAGUUGUCCUGGAAUGCAGUUGGCAGUUAUUGUCGUCCGCCUUGUGGUGGCACAAUUGGUGCAUUGCUUUGAGUGGGAGCUUCCAAAUGGUAUGCAGCCUUGUGAUUUAGACAUUGAUGAGAAGUUUGGGAUGGUAACAUGUAGAGAGAAACCAUUAAUGGCUAUUCCUACUUACAAUCUUAACAAAUCAUGAUGCAAAUACAAGAGAAAUAAUAUUUCUAAACUUAAGACUUUAUUACAAGCAACAUUAAAAAGUUUCUACUAUAUGGUUUUUGGGAUUGUUGUGUGCUUCUCCUACUAUUCCAAUAAAAAUACUUCAUUGGCGCUUCUCCUACUAUUUAUUUCACACAGUUAGCCUUUUUAAUCG